AUGCGGCGCGCCAGCCGAGACUACGCCAAGUACCUGCGCGGCGCCGAGGAGCCGGGCGGACCCCUGGACGGGACGCCCCCCGCGCCCCCCGCACCCCCGGCGACCCCCCAGCCCGCCCCGACGACGCCCCCCGCCGCCGCCGCCCAUCCGCGCGCCCUGCUGGCCGCCCUGCUGCUGCUGGGGCUGGGGCAGGUGGUGUGCAGCCUGGCCCUCUUCCUCUACUUCCGCGCCCAGAUGGACCCAAACAGAAUUUCCGAAGAUGACAUGCACUGUUUGCGGACUUUCUUGAGGCUUCAAGGGAACGUCGAUCUGCAGGAAACCACGUUGGCGAGCCAGGAGACCAGGCUCAUGUCCGAAUCGUGCAGAAGGAUGAAGCAGGCUUUUCAGGGAGCCAUGCAGAAGGAAGUGCAGCGAAUUAUUAUUGGGAAAGACCGGCCCAGAUCUGAGAAAUAUAUCUUGGAAACUUCGUGGUUGGAUUUGUCCACCCAGAUCAAGCCCAGCAAAGCCCCGCUUGCACAUCUGCCCAUUGAUGGUGAUAACAUCCCAACUGGCACCGGUAAGGUGAACCUUACCUCCUGGCAGCAUGACAGAGGCUGGGCAAAUAUACACAAUAUGACAUUCAGUGGUGGAAAACUCAUUGCUAGUCAGGACGGCUUUUACUACCUGUAUGCCAACGUGUUCUUCAGACACCAUGAAACGCAGGGGGACGUAGCCGGACAUCGCCACUUGAUGGUCUAUGUGACAAAAAUUGAUGUUAAAAGGAGAACUUCUGUAAUCCUGAUGAAGGGGGGAAGCACCCAGUACUGGUCAGGGAAGUCAGAAUUUCAUUUUUAUUCUGUAAACGUAGGAGGGUUUUUCAAACUGAGAUCUGGUGACAAAAUUGGUAUCCAGGUAUCAUAUCCGUCAUUAUUGGAUCGCAGUCCAGAAGGAACGUACUUUGGGGCCUUUAAAAUAAGGGAUAUUGAUUGA